AUGGCGAUGUUCCGCAGCCUGGUGGCCUCGGCGCAGCAGCGGCAGCCGCCGGCCGGGCCCGCGGGCGGCGACAGCGGCCUGGAGGCGCAGUUCAGCUGCCCCAUCUGCCUGGAGGUGUACCACCGGCCCGUGGCCAUCGGCGGCUGCGGCCACACGUUCUGUGGGGAGUGUCUCCAGCCGUGCCUGCAGGUGCCAUCCCCCCUGUGCCCGCUCUGCCGCCUGCCCUUUGACCCAAAGAAAGUGGACAAGGCUGCCCAUGUGGAGAAGCAGCUGUCCUCCUACAAGGCACCCUGCCGGGGCUGCCACAAAAAGGUCACCCUGGCGAAGAUGAGAGUGCACGUUUCCUCCUGCCUGAAGGUCCAGGAGCAGAUGGCCAACUGCCCCAAGUUCGUCCCUGUGGUACCCACGUCCCAGCCCAUCCCCAGCAACAUCCCAAACAGGUCUACCUUCGCCUGCCCCUACUGCGGCGCCCGCAACCUGGACCAGCAGGAGUUGGUGAAGCACUGUGUCGAGAGCCACCGCAGUGACCCCCACCGCGUGUGGAGGUCGAGUUCCCUGUGGGAAGCCCUGGCCACACACUGGCCCCUUUGUUCCAGGUGUGCCCCAUCUGCUCCGCCAUGCCCUGGGGCGACCCCAGCUACAAGAGCGCCAACUUCCUCCAGCACCUGCUGCACCGGCACAAGUUUUCCUAUGACACCUUCGUGGACUACAGCAUCGAUGAAGAAGCUGCCUUCCAGGCCGCCCUGGCUCUGUCCCUCUCUGAGAACUGAAGGUGCAGCCAGCCACCUGCCCCUAGCCUGGGGUCCAGGACGCCCUCCCGCCUCAAGGAACAGGGCUGUUGCUCUCCUGCCCCAACACCUGCCCAGGAGCACACCUCACCGGGCCAAGUGGGAUCUCCUGCAUGAGGAGGGCUCAUCCAAGAGCCUCUAGGGCUGGACCUGGCUGGCUACCCCUUGCCAUCAGCAGGGCUGCCUGGGUCCUGGCCAGCCACGCUGGGCAUUCGGUGCUUUGAGGGGCGGGUGCUGCCAUCUGGGACUUAGAGCAGUCGCUCUCUUCCAAGCCACGAUGUCCUCCUUGCUGGGAAGCAUGGGGUGCCCGGAGGUGUGCGGCUGCAGGAACAGGGAGGAGGAGCCCCGCCGCCCGUCGGGCAUCCAGCUCGCUUCCACAUGCGCACCUGGUACUGGCUUUUGUGAUACUUAGAAACCCCAGCGUUUUUCUAUCUUAUCCCAUGUGAUAAUCUUUUCACGUUUUAUAGAGCAAAGACGAAGCAGUUACCUUCAUAUUGCAAUAUCUGUGUUUGACUAGGAAGAAUAGUAUUUUUAUGGAACAUUUACAAAAUUAUAUUUUUAAAAAAAAAAGAUUAAAAAAAACGUGUAAGGGAUCGGUGUGUGGAGUGCAGGAGCAGUGGGUGCUCUGGAACCAGAGGCAGCUGGUGUCCUCUGCGAGGGAACAGAGGUGGCAUCCCCAGGCUGCUGCUAGCGGGGGCUCUGCUUGUGGUUUCUUUGGCGAUAACCAGGAGAAGGCACCGCUCCCUCCCUGACUGCCUGCGAGGCUAUGCCUACAGACGCAGGGUGGCCCGUGCAGCGUGGGGCUUCCUCUGCCAGGUCCUGGCCUCGGCCCAGAGUCACCUUCCAGAGCAGGCCACAUCCUUCCCAGGCAGAGACUGCAUCCGACAGUGGCAGAGCGUGGGGGGCCACCAGUGGCCUGCUGGGUGGUGGGUCACGCCAGAAAACACCUGUUGGCUCUCCUGUUGUGUCCAUGGCAUAAAUUAUUGCUGUCUUUUCAAAAAAAAAUUAAAUGUUUCUGAGCAUCUGCA